AUUGACAUCCCGCAACAACACAGCUGGUGAUAGCUACUGGUAGUCUAAGAUCAAUGGCUGACUUUUCCCACUGUUUUGACCACAAAAGAUUAGUCCUCCAUACACGCGCUAGCAAGUGAGAGUUUUACCUUUAAUUCUGAGAUAUAUAUAUAGGAUGUGCCCAACUACUAUGCGAAUUUAGAUGAAUCAGUGAACCAAAUUCUGUACUGUACCAUCUUUAUUUCAACAUUUUCUGGAUGGUCAUCGGCUAAUUCGAAUUAUGCUACACUGAUAUUAGAUCUAUACGAGAGCGCAAACCCUGUUACAAUUUUUCUGAAACGGUUGAAAAGAUAGGUAUAGUGUGUGUUGUAUCUGCACUGAGCAAGUUAACUAGAGACUCCAUUUGAGGACUCGACGCAGCGGCAUUAUGGAGUCUAUCUUGGUAGAAAGUGCAGAGAUCCUUCGGACGUUCACGGCGUCGUGGAAUCACAUCCUAGCCACAAGCCGCAACUUAAGCCGUAACAAGUCUGUCAAAAAUCGAGAUGUGGACACCAUGUUCGGUUCAAGGAAAGAUGACUUCUUACACAUCCACGCCAAAGAACUUGUGAUAGCUGAUCAUUCGGAACCUGAAAAGAACUAUCAGCCGAGAACAUGUGACCUUAGAAGUGAUCCCUGUCCACCAAAAGAAAAACUAACGAAGGAUGUAGAUGGAAAUAUGGGAGAGAAAAGAGCAGCAGUUUAUACGCAAGAGGCAACUGAGUGCAACCUUACAAUGGAUGUUAUUGGAUGUCUUCCCGAUAAUGUACAACAGGCGAUCAAGAGUUUCUCCAUCAAAAAGGAAACCGAACACCUAAUUUUAUCAUUUCCGUUCAUGACCGAUAUUCUGAGGAAAGCAUGUCUCCUUGACAACGCAUCCACUACAACAGGUCGUCACGUGACUCCCAUGAUUCUCAGCGAUCACAGUUUGAAACUGACCAAGAGCCAUCAAGCGAUAGUGACUCUCGCGCCCGAUAACAAGAGGUCCACUCUUCGUGUAGUUCAGUUCACCAUUUAUCGAAGUGGUACUAAGGAAGGAUUGAGUCAGCACUAUGCUCAACUACUGUCUUCAAUGUUGAAGGAUUUGCCAGCAAAACACUUUCGUUUUCCCCAUUUUGUGGUUCUGGACAACUCGACCGACCCAAUGAUGAUAGCCUCUUUAUGCAACAAGAUAAGAAAGUCAAUAGUCCCUCUGAGGGGCGGGGAGAACAGUAACGGCCACGCCCCCUUGCAUGACAUACUUCGGUAUGACGACUUUUCAGUCUCGGGACUACAGAAUGGAAUCUUCCACCGAGCUGUUGAUGAAACCAUGUCUUAUCUGACCGACCAGGAUAGAGAAAGGUUUUUAGUUUUGAUCAAACAUCUUCUCUCGGAGAAAUGCCUCUCACAGGAAUUUAAGAAAACAGAACAACUUCUCAGAAAUCAUGACCCGGUCCCUGCAGCAAUACGGGACUUCUGGAUGAUAUGGGGUCACGAACUUGUCAAGCCUUUCAUCUUCCCAGUUGCCAGGGUGAUCUGGGAUUGCGAGGAUCAGGAUGAUGGCACUACCAGACCGUUGAGCUGGAGGGCGCUGUUUAAACCACCAGUAAUGACGAGUGACGAGGGGGUUGGUGAGGCCAAACACAAGGGAGUUAUGAAGGGGAUAAUCCAAGGUGUCGUCCAGAGACUGAGAGGCCAGAUUCAAGAUGCAAGCUGCCAAAGUGCUUGUCCAGGGUGUGAAGCAACACAUCAGCAUUGACAGAAGCGACAGACACACUUUUUAAAUUGUGACCUAUGACGAGGAAGGUAUGCGUAAUCAAAUAACGUAUAACAUUUUGAUAUUUUGUCUGGUAGCCUUGUGUUAUUUCUCGAGCAAACCUGUUUCUGUGCUACUAAGCAAAACUCUGUGUUUAUUGUUUAGCUUUUUAUGAAGUUGGCCCCUGAAAGUGAAUGUUUUGCUAAUAAUUUAAAAGACCCUAAGACAGUAUAAUGCAACAUCAGACUGGGACCCUGAAUGCAGAAAAACAUACAUAACAAAAAUCUGACCCACUUUGCUCCCUCUUUCGCUGACAAAAUUCUCCAAAUGUUUAUUGAGGCAAAAAGGGGAAUAUUAAAAGGUAAACUGUGAUGGACUACAAACAAAAGUACACAAUCCUUUAAUUCUCAAUUUUGUUUUGAAUAAAUGAGUCUUUAUGUACAGCAUGUCUCAAAAU